UAAAAAGGUCAUAGGUCAUUCAAGUUGAAGGUUGUUGGCGAUAAAAUUUAAUGUUAUGCAAGUUAAUAUCGCACAGUUUUUGUAUUUAAACAAAAUGAAACUUGGUGUUCUGAAGAUAUCGACUGGCUGCCUACAAUGUUGUAUGUUGAGGUCAGUGUCCAGACAGAUCAAGAUGACUUCAAACCUCUGUCUGGUGAGACAUUGUAGCACUUCCACAGGUGUGAGGAGGAAAAUGAAACCUAGAAUGAAGGCAUGGCAGAUUCAUCAGUACGGAGGAAAUGAAGAGCUAGUAUUGUCAGAAACGGCAAAGAUUCCCGAGAUAAAAAAUCCUAAAGAUAUACUUAUAGAAAUACAUGCUGCUAGUGUUAAUCCUAUUGAUGUAAGAAUGAGAGAGGGCUAUGGUAGUACUGUUGUUAAUCAAAUGAGAAAAUGGUUUGGAACUUCUUCAGGGGGAUCGGAAUUCCCUCUCACUCUGGGACGGGACUUUUCUGGUGUAGUAAAACAAACAGGGCAUGGUGUGUCAAGGUAUAAACCUGGAGAUGAG